GGCUCAAAAGGCUCGGGACAUCGGGCGGUGCCAUGCUGCGACUCUUCGUGGUGGUGGUUCUGGUUGCCGUGACGUUGGCCUGGGUCAGCUUCUACAUCUAUGGGAUUGAACAGCCCUUCUCCUUUCGCUUCAGGAGGAAGCCUGAGGUGCCUGUGGCCAAGAUCUCUUGUGCUGACUGGCGGCAAAAAGAGGUGAGCUCAAACCUCACGGACUUCGACAUCUGGUAUUCCGAACAUUCAGACAGGUGGCUAAACGCUUUCGUGGUCCCAGAGGAAAACCUGAUCUUUUGCCAGAUUCAAAAGGUGGAUUCUGCCGACUGGUUCGCCGUGCUGCGUUGGCUCAACCAGGGGCAAAACUUGACCACCUUGCGCGACUACGAGCGAGGCGAGGCGUUGCGGAUGAUGUUCGAUCCCAAUUGGACCAAGCUGGCCGUGGUGCGCGAUCCCUUGGAUCGCUUGCUGGCGGCCUUUUCCACCAAGGUGAACACCGAAAAGCCUCCGAACAAGAACAUCACGGCGGAGGUGGCACGGGUCUUGAACGUGCCCUGGCAUCGGCUCCGGAAGCGCAAGGUCACCUUUCCCGAGUUCGUGGUGCGGGUAGCCGCUGGGAUCCGGGAACGGCUGGUGGUGAGCGACUUCUGGCGCAAGCAGGCAGAGUUUUGCUCCUUGGGGCACUUUAAGAAGACGUACCAGUAUCCUGCGGUGGCUGGCAAGCGUUUUUCUUUCUUUCUUUUGGAUGACGCGUCUGAUUGUACAUGUUGUUUUGAUUCAUUUUUGGUACGCAAUAUGUUUAGUUAAUAGGCCACCCCCUCAAAGUUCCCAAGUCAUGCGUUUUAUCCAUCAUGUGUUUGUUUGCAAAGUUUGACCUUUGGGGGUCUGCCCUGUUUUUUGGGGAGGGCUGUGUAUGUCAUACAUGUGUACGAAUCGGCGCGAAGGGUCAGAGUAUUCUGAGGGGGUCUUCGUUCCAAGUUCGUCACCCGAACGCCUUGGCGGAGUCUGCCAUUCUGAUGCCAUUCGAUCCUUCACCUCAUCCAGUGCUGCUGAGGUAUGUGAUGUACAUGGACCGUCGCAAGGAGUUUCACCCCUAUCUGCACGACUGUGCGCUGCUGGCGAUGACCGGACAGAUGAGUCAUUCCAAGCUGAAGAAGCUGGAGAAGGUAGCGGCCGAUCGGAGAGUCCAACCGUCUUCAGGCAAGAAGUUGAAGGAGUACGACGAGGUGGCAUGUGAAGUGGCUCUCCACCUCUACGCUGAGGACUAUGAGACCUUUUCUUUGCCCAAGCCCACGUGUCAUUCAGAGUCGCCCCAUGUGAGGUAUCCUCCCUUCAAGCUUGGCAUGUACUAAUCGCGCGAACGAGCGAACGGCCCAGCGAAUGUUGGGGCGAACCUCCAUGGGGGGACGGUCAGUCCGUCGACCGCGGCGUCACGGCACGGCACGGCGUCACCAGCGCCGCGACUCGGCCCAACGCUGCCGCGGAGGCGGAGCCAAAAAGGCCGAAACAUGGGGGCUCGACCGGAUCGACUUCGUGCGGAUUCGCCUGGGCACGGAGGCAUUGCUCAACUCGGUGAAGCACGGUGGAAGUGAUUGCACCUCCCAACCUCACCUGGUCAAGACCUGAUCAGCGUUGAAAGGUGCCCAUGUGACAGUCCACACGAGCUCAGCAGGUGAACUCACUAGCUAGCUGAGUAAGAUGAACUAAGAGUUGGUGGAAUUGGUGGAAACAGUUCGUUGCCAAUUGCUUCAUAUGAAGCACGAGAAGAGACACCGGAACGACCAUGAGGCAACAUCUACAGAACUUCUAUUGUCACGACUUGGUUGUCAAUUGUCACCACCAUGGUUCUUAGUAUAUAGUUCUGCAGGUCUACAGAAAUUCAUGCUUGUUCUACAGGUCUAUCUCUUGUGCUGCAUGGAUUGUACCGCAGGUGCCGCGGCAUGGCCCUGUGGCCAUGUGCACCAGUGGAGCAGCCGAAACAAGCGACCGGUCGCGGCUUUUCGUUGUGUUUUUGUGCGCUUGGGAUGAUGGGAAAUGCAGUGGAUCAUUUGACCUUGGAGUUGGGUGAAAAUGGGUAAAACCAUGGUGAAACCAUGGUGAAGCAGUACAAGUGUCAUCAGUGACGAGCGAUGCGAUCGUCUCAGUUCCAGUGGUUGCACUGGAAGGUCUUGGUUCGGGGCCGCAGUUGACAGGGAUCAUACAUGCGAACAGGAACCCUUGGACCUACAAAAUCCUUCAAAUCUUUAAUACUAUGUUCUUCACCUGUUCCAUGUGACAUGUCCGUGUGGGCCAUAGUAGAUUCCGACCGCUAUCCUAACGGGGGCCGCCAAUGGACCCUAGACUAGACUGGGCUUUGAUUGGGCACCCUUUCUCUGACAGUCUUCCUGCUAGUUGGCGCUGCGCCACAUGAUGCUCAUGGAAGCUUCGCUUGUACCACUGGCUUGGCUCCAGCUUGCGGCCCUUCAAGUCGCGCAUGCGCGAGUCAUGAGUCGAG